AUGAAGCUCUUAGACGCCGCCCUCCUGGGCCUCAUCCCCGCCCUCAUAACACUCCAUCUCCUCCUCGCCCCGGACACGAAAGUUGAGGAAUCCUUCAACAUCCAGGCCGCCCACGACGUCCUCGUUUACGGCACACCCACCCACGACGUUGCUGCCCGCCUGCGCGCCACUUAUGACCACUUCGACUUCCCCGGCGCCGUGCCUCGCACUUUUGUCGGCCCCGUUCUCCUCGCCGGCCUCGGCGGGCCAGUCGUCAACCUCCUCGGCUUCCGCCACGCUCAGCUCGUCGUCCGGGCCCUUCUGGGUCUCGCCAACACCGCGGCGCUGCUGGUGUUUGCGAGGAGCCUGGGCAGAGGGUUGGGUUCGGGUGUGAUGAGAUGGUGGGUUCUAUUACUGGCCAGCCAGUUCCACGUCGUGUUUUACGCUUCGAGGACGCUGCCCAACAUGUUUGCCUUUGCGUUGACAACUCUCGCCUCGGCCAACCUCCUCCCAUCCCCCUCUCCCUCUCCCAAGUCCCACGCCGCGCGCCUCCGCGUCGCAAUUUCCCUCCUCGUCUUCGCCGCCGCAAUCUUCCGCUCCGAAGUCGCCGUCCUUCUUGCAACGACAGGCCUCUACCUGCUCCUCACGCGCCAGAUAACAAUCCCCCGCCUCAUCAGCCCCUUUCUAAUCUCCUUCGCCGUCGCCGUCGCCGUCUCCGUCCCCCUCGACUCGUACUUCUGGCAGAAGCCCCUCUGGCCGGAGCUCUGGGGCUUCUACUACAACGCCGUCCUCGGCUCCUCGUCCAACUGGGGCGUGUCCCCCUGGCACUACUACUUUUCUUCGGCGUUGCCGCGCCUGCUCCCUCGUUGUGCCCCCCUCCUCUUCGUCGCCAUCUACUCCCUCCAACCGCACAAGGAAGCCCGCUUCAUCUUCUACGCCGUCCCGCCCCUGACCGCCGCCGCGGCCCAGGGCGCAAACUUGAUCUUCGCCCGCCGCUCCAAAUCCCUGCUCUACGCCCUCGCCUCGUCCGCCCUGGUACUCAGCGUCCUCGCCUCCUUCGCCGCCUCGACGGGCAUGCUCCUCCUCUCCUCCCUAAACUACCCCGGCGGCGACGCCCUCCGCCAGCUGCACGCCCUCGUCGCCUCCGACCACUCGGGCAGCGGCGGCUCCGUCACCUCGGUGCACACCGACGUCCUCAGCUGCAUGACGGGCGUCACCCUCUUCAACCAGAACCUCGUCGGCCUGCCCAAAAACCCGCACGCCCGCGCCAUCGAAACCUCCCUUAACGACGGCGCCUCCGCCUCCGCGACGCCGUCGCACCCGAUCCUCACGUUCGACAAGACCGAGGACAAGGCCGUCCUCGCCGACCCUGCGUUCUGGUCCCGCUUCGACUACGUCCUUGCCGAAGACCCGGCCUCCGUCCGGGGCGGCCAGUGGGAGACGGUCGGCGUCGUGCAGGGCUACGCCGGCAUCGAGAUCCUGCGACCCGGAUCCGGAUCCCCGUCCGAUGGACACGGCGGCGGCAGCGACGUGGAGGAAGGCGAGCAAAGGGUCCUGGGCAGAGGUCUGCGGGUCCGGCGGGUGCGAGACUUGGUUCGGGGGUUGACGGGCGGCUGGUGGGUUGGGCCGCGCAUGGAGCCGCGGAUCCGGAUCCUGAGGCGGACCAAGGACGCCGGCGCCGGCGCCCGGAUCGUCUCCCAGUGA